AUGAAAGGUGUGAUUCGAUUCACGAAGCGAGGAAAGCUCAAUUCGAGAUACAUUGGACCAUUUCGUAUCAUUGAAAGGAUUGGGCCAGUGGCUUACAGACUUGAAUUACGCCUAAAGUUAGAUUGGAUUCACAAUGUCUUCCACGUCUCGAUGUUGAAAAAGUAUGUUCUCGAUCCCUCUCAUAUUGUAGAGACACCUCCAAUUGAGUUGCAUGAAGAUUUAAAGUUCGAGGUGCAGCUUGAGUAUAGCACAUUUAAGAAUAGAUCCUACAGUGCCAGCUCGGUGAAAGAAUUUUAUGCUAGUAUAGCAUUAGGAGAGGAAGAACUAGAUGAUUCUGAUGACUACAUUGAAAAUGGACCAAAUGUAUUUUUGAAUGGUAAAGAAUUUGUGGUUACUACUGAUGAUCUUGGUAAUUUACUGAAAGUUGAAUGUGAGGAGGGAGAGUUCGAAUUCCCAAAGAAAUAUAACGCAUCCUCUUUGUGGGAAAUCAUUACUGGGAGAAAGGAGAAGUACUCAUCAAAGAGCAAUGUUGGUUUGAUAACCAGUACCCAGAUAAGAAUUCUACACUACUUUGUUGCAGCAAAUAUCCAUGGCAGAAGUGGGAGUUUAAGCUACAUCAGCCUUCAAGAUCUGUGGCUGAUGGAACAUGCUUUUAGUGGGGUUGCUUUGAACGUAGUCUGA